UUCUGCUGGAGUUGUCAAAGUUUCGAUUCGUCAGCUUUAUCAGGAAGCGAAACAUCAGCAACGUUGUGUAUAGUGACAGCUGCAACAGUGAACUUGUAUGUAUUAAAACUUACUCUUGUACGCCUGCGAUUUUUAAACGUUUAGUAAAGCAGUUGUAGAAACUGUGAGGCUAUUGAGAGUCAAGUACUCUCUACAGACUGAUAAAUAUGCCAGAUGUUGGAUACCCAGUACAGGAAGUGCCUUAAACGUUUGUUUCCGUGUAAUUAAAGAUCACGGUAUAAUAAUUGGUCAACAGUUCACAAUUUAAAGGGAUCUGAAAAAGUUAUUCAUGGAUGCUACAGCCUUGGAGGCGGACGGAUUCAGAUUUGCUAAAUUAGCCGUCCUCAACGAUCAGAAUGGAAAUUACAGAGAAGCUGUGUUUUUUUACAAGGAAGCUGCACAAGCUUUAAUUUAUGCCAAUAUUGCAGGCUCAAUACUGGAAAAUAUUCAGGAUAAAGUGAAUGAGUACCUAAACAGAGUUGAAGCACUGCACUCUGCAGUUCAAGCAGAAGUGUCUGCUCCAUUGAAGUCUAAACAGCUGCUGGACCUGGAAAGGGCUCACUUCCUUGUAACACAGGCCUUUGAUGAGGAUGAGAAAGGCAAUGUUGAUGAGGCAGUCGAAUUGUACACUGAAGCUGUGGAGCUGUGUAUAAAAACGGCCAAUGAAACCACUGAGCCAGUACUUCAAGUCAAACUCAAACAGCUUGCUUCUCAAGCACUGGACCGUGCAGAAAAUCUUAAGGAAUCCACAACAAAGCUGUCUCAAAAAGACAAGUCAGCAACACCUAAGUCAAGUCAACCUGUCCGGAGUGUACAGCCGCUCGGUCCUGAUUUCAGCCUAAAUGACAAGCCCCAGUCUACAAGACCCGUGCAUGCAGCUGAACCUCGGGGACAGAGAUACUCAGCAGAGGAGAUUGAGGUACUUAGAAAAACCUCUAAGAUUAAUGGCAUUGAAUACGUCCCAUUUAUGAGUGUCGACUUACGAGAGCGAUUUGCCUUUCCCAUGCCUUUUUCAGACAGAUCUGGCAAACUACCCUUAUCUCCAAAACAAAAAGCAAUUUUCUCAAAAUGGGUCCGGCCAGCUGAUUUUUCUAACAACCCAACAAUGAUCUAUACUGUAUCGAGUCUGAGCAUAAAGCAGACAGUUGUAUCAGACUGUUCCUUUGUGGCAUCUCUAGCUAUAAGUGCUGCUUACGAGAGGCGGUAUAACAAAAAGCUUAUUACAAGUAUAAUUUACCCACAAAACAAGAAGGGAGAACCCGAAUAUAACCCCUGUGGAAAAUAUAUGGUGAAACUUCACAUCAAUGGUGUGCCUAGAAAGGUAAUAAUUGAUGAUUACUUGCCAGCAGAUUGCAAUGGAGAGCUGCUGUGUUCCUACUCUAACAACAGAAGUGAACUCUGGGUAUCCCUCAUUGAAAAGGCUUACAUGAAGGUCAUGGGAGGCUAUGACUUUCCUGGCUCAAACUCUAACAUUGAUCUUCAUGCACUGACUGGCUGGAUUCCAGAGAGGAUAGCAAUGCAUUCUGAAAACCAGUCAUUUAAUAAAGAGGAUUCCUUCAGAAUGCUGUAUCAGCGGUUUCAUAAGGGAGAUGUCCUUGUCACAACAGCCACUGGAAUAAUGACAGAGCAAGAAGCAGAUAGCUGGGGUCUUGUUCCCACACAUGCGUAUGCUGUCCUGGAUAUCAGAGAGUGCAAGGGACUUCGAUUUAUUCAGUUGAAAAAUCCCUGGAGUCAUUUACGAUGGAAAGGAAGGUACAGUGAGAAUGAUGAGAGAAGCUGGACUCCAGAACUUAAGAAGUAUUUAAAUUUUGAUCCCAAAACUGCUCAAAAAAUAGAUAAUGGAGUUUUCUGGAUGACUUGGGAAGAUCUUUGCAAGUAUUAUGAUGUGAUUUAUUUAAGCUGGAAUCCUGGAUUAUUCAAGGAAUCUACAUGCAUUCACAGUACAUGGGAUGCAAAACAAGGACCUGUAAAAGAUGCGUACAGCCUAGCUAACAACCCACAGUACAAGCUGGAGGUACAGUGCCCUCAAGGCGGUGCUGCUGUGUGGAUCCUUCUUACUAGACACAUUACAGAUAAGGACGACUUUGCUCAGAACAAAGAGUUCAUCACUCUCGUUGUUUACAAAAAUGAUGGAAAGAAAGUUUACUAUCCAAGUGAUCCACCUCCAUACAUGGAUGGAAUUCGAAUUAAUAGCCCUCACUACCUAACAAAACUGAAACUCACUACUCCUGGAACACACACGUUCACACUAGUGGUUUCACAAUAUGAAAAACAAAACACCAUCCAUUAUACGCUCAGGGUAUAUUCUGUGAGCAAGUUCACUUUUUCAAAAAUUCCUACUCCAUAUACUAUAUCUAAAAGGGUCAAUGGGCAGUGGAAUGGUCAAAGUGCUGGAGGCUGUGGAAACUACAAGGAGUCCUACAAGAAUAAUCCAAUCUACCAGUUCCACCUGGAGAAGAGUGGGCCAAUGCUAAUUGAGCUUCGUGGGCCAAGGCAGUACAGUGUGGGUUUUGAUGUUGUGACGGUGUCAUCUGUGGGUGACCCAGGUUCUUCAGGCUUCCAGAAGAAAAGCAGUGGAGAUUAUAGGUGUGGGUUUACAUAUUUCGAGCUGGACAGCCUGCCUGCUGGAGUGUACAAUGUGAUUCCCACCACCUUUCUUCCCAAGCAGGAAGGUCCAUUCUUCUUAGACUUCAACAGCACAGUUGCACUCAAGAUCUCUCAACUUCAAUGACAUUAAAUUCCAAAGCUGCUAUGCAGGUGCUUCUGGACUAUAAACAGAUUCUGCUUCUUCAGCACACAAGACAGAACCAGUGAAGACUUUAUGUGAUGCUGGGAGAUGUCAGAAAAUGCAAUGUGCCUCAAGCACUCUUGUCGGUCUAGUUUUAGCCAUGUGUUUAUAAUUUGGUUUACAGGUUUAUCAUCUUUAGCCAUGUCAGUCCUCAGCUUUCUGCCCUGCCACUAAAAUGCAGUUUAUUCCUUGUAUAAAACAUGACGCACAGUCAAACCUCAGUGUAUGUGGUUUGCCCCUAGAUUCUGAAUUUCUUUUUUGUCUUAAAUAGAAAACUUUAAAAGUUUACUUUGGAAAGACCAGAAGGCAGUUUACAGACACAUUAAAAGAUAAGUGGUGGUCAUACCAAGCCCAAUACAUUUACCUUACAUUUAGUUCUGAACUAUCAGCUCAAUAUAUUUAGAUGCACAUAAACAGCUUAGUUUUAGACAUUCCAGUGUUAGCCUUUUAGACAAUUGGCUGGCUGAUUGUUACUAUAACUAAACAUAACUUUUUUACAAACUGCUGUCUGCAUUAAGGGAAGCAAUUCAGAGCACAGUGAGUAAUAUUUACAAUUUCUACAAGACCCAUCCAUGUCUUACAUGACUGAGCUGAACAUCACUCUGAUCUUGCAUAUUUUAUUGAGAAUAAUGUGCCAUCUCGUGCAUCUGAAAUAUCCUGGAACAGUGUAGUGAUUACUAUAUGUUCCUAAAUUCUGAUGUAGGUUUGGUAGGAUAUUCAGGGGUGGGUCACAACAAAUCAAGACUGCACGUCAUCCUCUCCUUACCAUCUAUAUUGUGGAUAUCCAAAAAGUGUUGCACUUUGUUGCCAGAAAGAGACUUGCCAUUAUUACUGAACCAUAUUACUAAUUAUGAGCACUACCCUUUAACACAUGACAUGCAGCUGUCAGGCGUAUUGGUGCCAUUGUGCCAUCUCUGACCCGUAACACCUACUACUAUACUGUCUUCUGACCAUGUUACUAAAAAUUUCUGCUGUUUCUUUUUUUUUUGGGGUGGGGUGAGGUGGGAGGGUGUGGUGCCCUGUACCUGUCAGCCAUCUGGUUCAUCACAACAUUCAUUGACCAGUGUGCAGUUGACAUGCAGACAUCAGUGCAUUUUUCUUGCUUUAACUUCCCAUCAAGCAUGCCGUGUAUCCUUGCAGAAGGGAGUGGCUGUAACAUGUCUGUCAACCACUUUCAUGAGUAGUGUAGCCCUCUUCAGGCAGCCCCACCCUGCCGUCAGUAUCAGACAGCUCUUGUAACAUCCACAGUCACCACUGAAGAGUCAUUAAAGGGAGACAUGCUGCAUAUUACACCUCUUACCCCUCCCCCCAUUGGGAGAGGCAAUUAAACCACCCCUUUACCCCUCUUGCUCCUCAGUUAACUUCUGUAGUGCCCUGGUUGCUAACUGAAAUUGAGUUGUGUAGAUCAUAGUUAGGGCUGCAUUUCUCUGCACUAUGGUACCAGCUUCCUGAGGCUGCUUUUUGAAUUGCAGUGGUGUCUUGUUUCUCAUCUUUUCCUUUUCCCUGACAUUGCUGGUCAUUGUGGAAUCCUGACUCACUGCUGAUCAGUUACUCAUCACCAGCUGUUAAUAGACUCCCAGUUGUAGCAUAUUCUGUCAUGGUGUAAUAUUUCUUGCAAAGUCUCAAUUGUACUAGAUUCAUUACUAACUUUUUAAUGAGAUGCAAUAUUUUCUGAGCCAUGCAUCCAACCCAGCACAGACUGUUUUGGCCAUUCUGAAUUAAUAAGUUCCUGAUAUAGCUAGAGACUUGCUAAGCUUUGAAGAUGAACAUGUAGGCUUUUCGGAUGACAAUCACUUUUCUUCUGUGGUUUAAGGCGGUUCUUAGUCAUGGGGUAUCUCUUUAACAUAGCUGAGCAAAGCUGUGAGAGCAGUGCUACCGCAUUGCUAUGAAACCAUAUCUGGUUCUGCAUCUGAUUUCAUUGGACUACAAAUGUUUUAAGAUUUUGUAGUAAUGGCUCAACAAGUUUCAUCCUUUCUUUUUUGCCACUUGUUUAUAAGGCUGCAGAUUUCUUCCCAUACAGUAGGCAGAUGAGUUCAUAUUUCAUUAUUGUUCCUACAGCUCAGUAUCGGGGCUGUACUCCUUAUGUGUAUCCUUUGGAAAGAGAGAUGUGAAACUGAUGAUCCAUCUUUCUGCCUCAGUAGCAUUAGGGCAGCUGGGAUUGAAAAACCAUUAUGGCAUUAUUUUGAAGAAUAUUUAUGUGUUAUGUAGUACCAAUUAAUAAUUUUAUGCAGUACGUGAAACCAGUGCGGUAAUAUUAAAGGAGAAAAGCAGAAUAGUGAUGUUUAAUUAAUCAUCACCAUUUGACAGUACCUGUACUGAACCUUCCAGAACCACUGCUGUUACUUAUCUGUAAUGGUUGAGGUGAAUUCCCUGAUUGUGUAUUUUUGCUUCAAACAAAACAAAUCUUAAACAUUUGAUCCUUUUAUUAACCAAGUACACCAGCUCGCUCUGUACUGGUAGCUUGCAGUAGGGAUUUCCUGGAAGAUAAGUCAAACUUGGUCAUAGACGACAGUCCACUACAAAAGCUAAUAUCAUAAAAGUAUGUUUGUCUUCCAAUGUGUAUGAGAAUAAACUCAUUUUAGGGAAUACAUUUUAACACUGUUUACAGCCAACAGUGUUCCUAGGCAGACAUUCAUCAUUGUGCCCUUGAAAUUUACAUCUGAUAAAAAAGUGCUCUCAAGAAUCAGCUACAGACCAAAAAUAAUGGCAUAACAGAGGCCCAGUUGUUAUUCUAAUUCAUUUAAAAGUUUAUAGAGCAACAUGUUUUGCAUUAGCAUGCAGUUUCUGAAUAAGAAGUAUCAACCUCUAAAGUCUUGCAUUGACUCUAAUACUCUGUGAUUUACCAGAAGAUCUAAAACCUUAUAAGGAACACAAAGCUUCUACAUUGUGGUAAUCCUUUCUUAAUCCCAGGGAUGGUCAAUUACUGUAAGCACUGCUUCAGCUCCUUUUUGCAGAUGAUGUGUUCUAUUUAGCCAAAUUAGUUUCAUCAGGUGUAUGGAGUACAGAGCCCUCUUCCUGUGCUAAUUUAUUUAUGAAUAUCAUUAGCCAUCUAAUCAGGCCAAACUCAACACUGUUACAACACCCUUAUUUUGUGUAUUAUUCUCUUCAUGUGAAAUGGAAACCUUGUGUUUCAUCAGUUGGAACAAACAUACAUGUUCCUCCUAUUCUAAAGUGCAGUCUGCUGAUGGAGCUGUCCAAAGCUGUUGGCCAAAUAGUUAAGUGCGUAUACUACCAUAGAUUUUAACUGAAAAAAUGCAUUAAUAUGUGUACUUACCCAGUUACCAAGUAAGGAAAUAAACAGAAGUCCUGUUGUCACUGCAGUAAUUAGAUGUAAAUUACUUUUUCUCUGCAGUAGUCUUUAAUGUUCACUUCCUUCUUCUCUGGUUAUGGUAGCAUGAACCUGGGUGAAAAGAGAACAAGACUGAACUAGGGGGAUGAGAUUUUGCCAACAUUGUUCAAGGGUUUAUGAAAGCCAUUUUGUCAGUAGCCCAUUGGAUGAAAUUAGCUUGCUAAAUUUGUUGUUUGAUGAUACUAAUUUGCAAACAUGGUUGCUACGACUGUACAUAGCUGUGCUCACGCAUACAGAUAUUAUGUCCACUCACUAGGCUGUGGUAUUUAAAGUAAUAGUGUAGCUACUCAAACUUUUGCAGUAAAAAGUCUGGUAAAGCAUUUUUCUUAUACUGAAAAGGCUUUUUUCAUUGUAUUUGUGCUUUGCAGAUGCUGUGCUGCAGUGUGGUACCCUCCCCUGAGUACCUUCCCCUUCAGUCCACAGACACUAGUUUUGUAGCUUCAUCUGGAUGUUAACCCCUCCAGACCCUACUCUGGUGAUAACAGGUCUACUGUAGGAGGUAAAUAAGCUUCCACCAGCACCACCAUCGUAUAGGUACUAGCAUCACCUUAGGAUAGACCGGUAAUGAGGCAUGGUCUUAGGAGUGUCUGUUUCUGGGACCUAGGUUAGAAAUGCCUCCCAGACAUAUCUACUCAGCUAUACCAGCAUCCCUUUGUAACAAUGUUCACCACUACUGCUACUAUGAUAAAAUAGCCUGCCCCUCCCAGCAUAUCAUCCUGCCCCAUCCCCCUUUAAAAUGUAAGCAGCCAAAGCCCAGUUAUUGAUUAAUGUCUCCUGCUAACUCCAGCAGGCACUCACUCUACUAAAUGAACUUGUGUCAUGUAAAUCAUAAUCAGGAUUUUAUCCCUGUUUGUCAGAGCUUAGCUGAUAGUAAAUGAGCGUUUUUUAGAUCUGAAAAGCUUAGUGGAAGCCUGUUAGGUGAGUAAACACCAUAUUGAAGGCUUGUUUGAUUGAGUUUAUUGCCCAGCACUUGUACUGCUAUUUCCUUAGAACUGUAGCAUAUCUUUUAGGAUUUCACUUUCUGCAGGAAAAAGGGAGUACUGUAGUAGGAAAGAGAGUCUAUGGUGGUCCUAGGUACUAUAGACCACUCAUAUAAGGCAACAUCUCAGAGGGGAAAAUUAAAUAGAAAGUAAAGCUACAUGUACUAUUGCAAACAAACUUCCAUUUAAAAAUAUAACUGGUGUUGUGUUUGUAAUUUGAUGAACAAGUGCAAUGUGAAGAUAGUUACUGUUACUCAAGAAAACAAGGAGGAGCUGAGGUCUACCGCAGCAUGUUACUGUGGUCUACAUGCCAUUGAUUUUGAGGCAGAAGGUUAAGUCUAAGGCUGAACACACCAUGGAGCCUCCCAGUCAGAGAAUCUGUUACAAGGCUGUGCAGUUAUUGCCAUCUGAAAAGCAAAUAAGUAGGCAGGUUAGAAUAAUUUAGAAGAAAGUCCUUCCUCAUGAAGAAUAAACUGCACUGGCCAUGUCCUACAUCACCCCAAAGCAGCUGCCCUUGAGGUGGGGGAUAUCUAUUUUAAAAAAUGCCCAGAAGGCAGAAGGGUUAAGAUUUGUUUCUUCUGACCAUAAGACAAAGGACCUGCAUCCUUUGAGGAUGUUGAUUAUUGAUGGCAACAUCCACACAAGGAUCACUUUAUGUAGGCAACUGUGUUCCAUCCGUGGCUUGUUUAGGGAUAGUACUAAAAGUCAAAUGUACCCCUUAGGGUAUGCCCUAUUGGUUUCAAAGGCAAGGGCCUCUUGAGCCUCAUGCAACAGCCUGUUCAUCACACUGAUGGGGGUUGCAGAAGAAUCAUCAAGCUGUUGUUGACUAUCCGUAUUUGUUAAAGACCACAUUACCUCAAGUCAGAUUCUUAGAAGCUCUCAGAUUGAAGUUAUUCAGAUGCAAAUCAUGCUAAAUAAAAUAUCAGAUUGUAGCAUGCUUCACGACCCCCUCAGUGCCCCCUAAAAACCAUGUUUGAUUCUUACAUAUACUGGAUGAACUUCAGCUACACAGGAAGUCCACCAUCCUGGGAGACUUUAACCACCCUUUGAUAAAUUUGGAUAUUUGUUUCCAAAAUGUAGGCUAUGCCCAAAACUUCCUUGAUUUCCUAAAACAAGAACUCCCUAUUCCAAGUAGUCAAACAGCCUACUAGAGGACAAAAUAAUCUUGACCUGGUCCUAACAAUCAUGCCAUCUAUAUGUGCAGUGUCCCACUGGUAUACCCUUCUCAUAUAAGCCUUACCACAAACUGGUAACCUUCUCCUUCAACACUGAAAACCAUCAAAUGUAACUAUCAUUGAUUCAUUACUCAAAAAUUUAAUUUCAAAUGUACUAACCUCCUGCAAUUCUAUGGUGAGGUCUCAAAAUUCAAGUAGAAAUGUAACCCCCAAAAUGUUGACAUGCCUAGUAGUAAUGAAAAUAAGUUCUACACUCACCUAUAUAAAUGCACUGACCUGACAUUUCCUACCAGGAACAAACAGAAUUAGAAGUUCAAGGGUAAACCAGCUUGUUGGUCCACAUGCAUAAACAGACCAUGCAAUAAAGGAAGAAAACCUUAGAGUCAACAGCAAAGCUAAUAAAGGCAAGCAAGUCAAAGUCAGCAUUAAAAAAAGUAUAUCGAAAGUACUGAAAGAUACCAUCAGGAAAUUAAGAAAUAACACACAGUAUUGCUCUAAACUUAUUCAGAAUGGUGCACCUAUUCAGAUCUAGUAUGUAUAGCAAAUGUAUUAGCUAACAAAUUCAAUGCAUAUGUAUUGAUAUGUGUUUGGGUGCGCGCGCACACACACACACACACACACACACACACACACACACAUACAUUCUUCCAUAUAUAGAUACUACUUUGUCAACUAGUAACUUAACCCCCCCCAGUACACACAGUAAUAAAGACCAGAAUCUGAAGAAGUCUUGUUAAACAGGAUGAAAGCGCUAAUUCUAAAUUCUAAGUGAGAAUUAAACUGCUUUUUUUAUUUUAAAGGGAGUCUUUAUUGUCUUUUGAAUCAUUCAGCCAGAUUUGCAGAAGGAUGUUGUGCUUAUCCAUAUCCAGCCAAACAUAUGUGUGUGUGUGUGUGUGUGUGUGUAUAUAUAUAUAUAUAUAUAUAUAUAUAUAUAUAUAUAUAUAUAUAUAUAUAUAUAUACACACACACACACACACAUACAUUACAUACACACACAAUCAUGCACAAAGUAAAUCAUUUUAAAAAGUGCACAGUUUGCCAUGUGUGACAUUGUUUUAUUUUAUAAGUGUUACCAUCUCAUUCUGGCGUGUUAGAUUAAGUGUAGUCCUUGGUAUAUUCUGUGUAUUGAAAUGAAGCUUUAGUGAGCCUCUGUCUGAGGUAGUACUGUUUAUUCACAAAGUUAUUUUUUAUGGCUUUAUCAUCUGUAGAUGAUGAGUGCAAAGUUCAGUUUUCUGUCAAUGCCUAUACCAGACUCUCACAAAGUAAUGAAGCUUGUCACUUAUUACCAUUGUUGCCAACUUCUAACUACAUUUGUUUACUGAAAUUGAACCUUCGGUGAGGUUACAAGCAUUGUGCCUGUAGAAGAAUGUCCUACACUGCGGAGAUACCAGGCAUGGCCAAGAGCAUGGCAUUUAUUUUUCUAAAAUGAUUUUGCACUAUCAAUGUACACAAAGAAGCCAUACAUCAGUAGGUGCUGAAAUGUGUUCCUUCCGUUAAAGUAAAUAAUGGAGCAUGCCAAGGCGUUUACAUUAUUGUUUUAAGUCUUCUAAGUAAAUGUAAGAUAGCAGAAAUAUAAUCAUGGUAUCAAAUGGCACAUUAUAAAUCACAGUUUUCUGAAAUAAAUUAAAGAUAAACUAUACCUUCUUAGAUGUUCCAGAAAGCAGAGCAAAGCAGCCAGUCUGUAAUAAUAUAAUUGCAAAAAGGGAACUUUUUUAUUUAUUCAUAUUGUAGUGAUCUUGCUGUUGUCUAUUUAAAAUUAUGCUGUCUGGGGUACUUCCACUCAAAAUAUCAUCCUGUGUUUUAUGUACUCAUCACAUAUACAUCCAGGUUGGAGAGAGCUGAACCCCCUACCUCUUCUGUAUAAAGUAACUAACUCUAGGAUUCCUACAACUUUGUGGAGAAAAAUAAAUUAAUUCAGUUUUGCAGUUUUCUCCAAAGUAUCUGUUUUAAUGUUUUCAUCACCUCAGCUGUGUAAUGCGCUUCGGCGAAGUGACCCCUCUUUGUAUGUCCUUGAAGUAAACUCUGAUUGAUAAUGUGCUGUUCAUUCACUAGUUCAUCAAAAGAACAAUGUGAUUCUAUGCAGUUGUGAAGCACUUUGUUUGAGUCAUGAAAAUGAUGAUGAUAUCUCAACUGUAAUGUAAACAUUAUUUGAUUUAAAGUUCUUAUAAUGAGAUACCUUACAAACAAAAAUAGAAAAAAACUGUUGAAGUCACUUGGAUCUUGGUUUCUUUCUUGAAGGCUUUUUUAAUUCAUAUGCAUUAAAGUAUGCCUUUUAGAUGUGCAUGAAUUGGGGGACAUCAGAACAGCUGUAUACAUUAUAUAUUAUACAUUAUAUAUAUAUUGAACUUGGUUCAAACUUCUGCAGUCCAGACCAAAGACCAGUUGCUUUUUGAUAUACACAUAAGUCGUACACGUUUUUUCUUAAGUUGCAUGAAUGUGUAAUGCAUGCUUUGCUUAUUGCAAUUAGUGACACUUAAGAAAUAGAGUAUUUUUGUAUUUUUGUACGUUUUUCUAGCUGGAACAUGGCUAAUUGUAAACUUGGUAAACCCAUAUCAGAAAGGGACUGUGCUGCCUACAAAAUAUAAAUAAAGCUCUUUCAUACCCUUCUC